CAGCUCUCUUCGAACGUAGUUGAACCCUGCCUUGCACUGUAGUCACAACGUACAUGCGGGUACCCCCGAAGCAGCCGGAGGAUCGAUAGACUUGUUCGGACUUGCUUCUCCCAAGUUUCCUCGGAUGUUUGUGUGCAGGCAGAGACUUGACCUGACGUGGCUCAGAAGAUUGGAUGACUUUCAAACAUACGAGUCAACUUGAUAGGUCAUAUCUAGGUAGCCUAAUUAAUCUUGAAUCAUAUGAGGCUGACUACAGACGACAGGAAUAUAUCUUCUGAAGGGGUAAUUGAGGAUUCAGCAGUGAUCUCAACACGAUCAUCAAAAUACCAAUGCAAGAUAACGCACCCCCCUGAGUCAAGCCCCCGACAACUCAUCGAUCAAAGAUAUAUACGUAUAUCAUGAAGCGCUUGAAGUUCAGCCUCGCGUGUAACGACAGGCGAACCUUUAGCCGCGGAUAGCCGCAGGGGAAAAGAAGACUACACUCAACUUGGCUUGGACAACUGCAGCAGAAACAGACGCAAAUGCACGUCGACGAUCAUGGGAGUACAGUACUUUACUAGCGGCAGAUCAUGUCCCGCAGAGAACCUAUCUGAUGAACAAGACGAGACAUUGGCAAGCAAGGGUUUCGAGUUACAUACAACACGUACGUAUGAUAUGCUUCCCCAUGGGCUUGUAACAUGUUGUCUCCAGCUGUACUCCGUACAUAUGCAUCUCAAUCUCUGUGUUCCCUUCUCCACCGCCUCUUCAAAUCUUGUAUCCAAAACUUUGUCAAAUAAACAUUGCUCCCUCUUCUCGGACUGUUGCACAAAUCUCGAUUGCGACACCAUUACACGACAUCAGCAUCUCGUUACAUCGCAGACCCUUUUCCACGAGGCGCAAAGAACGGUGAAGGGUGCAUACAUACACAGAAAGUUAAGGAUAGACUAUAAUAAUAAAAAAGGAGAGUAAAAACAAACUCUAAAGUGGGGGAGGGUUUUUGUUUCAGAGGAGUCAUGCGGAGGAGAGUCAUGCAAAGAGGCGAGAUGCAGUAACACAAAAAUCUGACUGACCGCCUGAAAAAGAGAUUGGCGAGGUGACAACAGAGUGUCUUUUCCUGCAAGGGAGAAACACAUACAGCCAGCCUUGCUCUAUUGUCUUUGCAACAUUAAAGACAAGCAUGAAUACAAUGUUGCGGUGUAAACUGUAUACUUGAGUGUCUUCCAUGUUACGGAUGGACACAUGUAUCGUGCAACAGACAGGAAGGACAGUGUCCGUGACAAGACUGAGAUGGACUCGACGAUAAUGUGUCGGUGUGUUCGUGCUACCCGCUACCUGUUAACCAAAUCAUCAUCUGUCCUCUCACCCUGUCUUCCCCACCAAAGUCUUUUGCUUGUUUCUGUUACAUUACUCCAUAUGAUAAACGACCGCUGUUAUCAAGAUCCGAUUCUAUUAAGCUGCUGGACUUUUUCAACUACCAAUAAGCUGGUCUCAAGCCUGCAAAGUUUGACAAGCUUGCCGCCGUGUGCUCCUCGCCCUCCUUCU